AAAAAAGAGCGGAAGGAGCCAGAUUUUGCAGCCAGCAUCAUGGCGUGGCCGUGCAUCACUCGGGCCUGCUGCAUUGCCCGCUUCUGGAAUCAGUUGGACAAGGCGGACAUCGCCGUGCCGUUGGUUUUCACCAAGUACUCAGAGGCCACCGAGCACCCCGGCGCCCCGCCGCAGUCACAACAACCACAAGCGCAGCCAACACACGCGCCCCCCUCGGCGCGCGCCGUCGCCAUAGAGACCCAGCCGGCCCAGGGCGAGUUGGAUGCAGUUGCCCGGGCAACAGGGCCCACACCGGGGCCGAGCGGCGAUCGAGAGGCCGCGGCGACCCAGGCCCGAAGCGGCCCAGGCACUGGCUCCUCCUCCGGCUCCGGCCCCGCGGACUCAGUGAUGCGCCAGGACUAUCGCGCAUGGAAGGUGCAGAGGCCCGAGCCGAGCUGCCGGCCACGCAGCGAAUACCAGCUUUCUGACGCGCCCUUCGAGCGCGAGACCCAGUAUCAAAAAGACUUUCGUGCCUGGCCGCUGCCCCGCCGGGGGGAUCACCCUUGGAUCCCCAAACCCAUGCAGAUCUCCAAGUCCUCUCAGGCCCCAGAACCCAUCCUGGGGGCGCCCAAGCGCCGGCCGAAAAGCCAGGAGCGCUUGCCGGUGCAGAUCGCCGCUGAUGCACCGCAGCAGGAGGCAACCCCUAUCGGAGCGGGUCGUCUUGCGGCCGGAAAGGCGUCAGGUGGGGACGAGCGCGACACAAGAAGGAGGGCCGGGCCCGCCUGGAUGCUGCGCCGUGCCGAAGGGCUGGGGCCCGAGCAGACACCGCGGCCAGAGGCCCAGGCCCAGGCGACGGGCCCCGAGGGUGGAAAGGGGCGUGCGGUGGCGGACGCCCUCAACAGGCAAAUCCGUGAAGAGGUGGCGAGUGCUGUGAGCAGCUCCUACAGGAAUGAAUUCAGAGCAUGGCCAGACAUCAAGCCUGUGAAAGCAAUAAAAGCCAAGAACGAGUACAAGCCCCCAGAUGAUAAGAUGUCUCAUGAAACCAGCUACAGCACUCAGUUCAAAGGCGAGGCCAACAAACCCACACCAGCUGAUAAUAAGGUCAUUGACCGCAGAAGGAUACGCAGCCUCUACAGCGAACCUUUCAAGGAAUCCCCAAAGGUGGAGAAACCUAGUUCCAAACCAAAAAAGACCUCAACGAGCCAUAAGCCUCCGAGGAAGGCCAAAGACAAACAGGUGGUGUCAGGCCGGGCCACCAAGAAACCCAGUGCGGAGGCACCAAGUCCCGCCAAACCCGAUGACAAGGAGGAAAGUAAAGAGAUGAACAAUAAACUGGCUGAGGCUAAAGAGUAA